UCCAGUUUAGUCUAAUCUAUAUGUUUGCCAAUUUGUCAACACACACAAAAACUGAGACUAACUUAAAUUUUGUGAUUGGAGAUUGUAUUACGUACGUCGCAUUCAAAAAUAUUUCACAAUCUUUGAUUUUUCAACAAAAAUACAUCGGAAUCAACAUAUAAUAUAAGUUUUGUUUACGUACCCCUCACAACCUUUGAUUUUUCAACAAAAAUAUAUAGGAAUCAACAUAUAAUAUAAAUUUUGUUUACGUUCCCUCUCUAAUAAUACGUUUAUGUCUCUAAUGUCUAUAUAUGUAGAUGUCUAAACAAAAAGAUCAGAGAUCACAAGCUGAAGCCAAAACCUAAUUUAGGUGAACAAAAAAAGUAUUACAAAUAUAUAUGUCAAUAAAUAUAAAAGAGGCCAAACUACAAAGUUUUAUAGUCAUACACGAUGGAGGAGAUAUUGUCAAUAAUCUUCAACGGAAUCAAUCAGGUUGAGGAGCUCAAAUUCAACUUAUCAGCACAAGAGUCGCCAGAAUCUCUCUCGAGUUCUCUCGGUUCGAUCUCCACUCUAUUCAGAGACGCCAACGAGCGGCUGGGAACCCUACUUGAGAGGAAGAACGCUUUCGUACCAAAUCAGCCUGAACCAAAACCAGUUCAAGUGUCUGGCUUGGACCAGAUGAUGAUGCAGAUUGAACCGGGUCUGAAGCAGGACCACAGAGUAAGGGAGGGAGUGAAGAGUAUUGAUUCCGGUCCUGGUUGCGCUUUCUCGACGCCAAGGCCUCGAAGAAGGAAGAAGGAUGGAGCCGUGGAAACAGUGUUGGUAGUGGCGGCGAGGAUGGGGAACAUGGGCACUCCGCCAGACGAUAAUUAUGUUUGGCGUAAAUAUGGCCAAAAGGAAAUUCUCGGUUCCAGAUAUCCUCGGUGCAACCACCAGAAAGUAUACAAGUGUCCGGCUAAGAAACAAGUGCAACGACUCGACGAAGAUCCUUACAUGCUCCGUGUCACUUACCGUAGUUCACACACGUGUCAAUUCUCUACUACAUCCUCAUUCUCAUCAACAGCCACCACCCCAGUUAAUUACGGUCCGAACGUGCAUAACAUGGCAGACCUUAUGUUCGAAAACACGGACUCUGUUGUUCCUUUCUGCGAACCCUACUUUAACAACGACAGUUUAGUCCCUGGAGCAGCCAGCUAUGAGGAUUCGUGGAACUCAACAUGGCAGAGCUACGACAUGUCCUGACUAAGUAGUUUCUCAGCCAGUCAGAAGUUCAAAGUUAAUUUAUAAUUUGAGAUGGUUUAAAGUUUAUUUCUUAAUUUCAAUUAUGUUUUGCGAGUAAUUAAGCUUAUGCAUUUUAUAAAUUAGCUACUGAGUAAUCAUCUUAUGCAUGUUCAAUUGAUUGAAUAAUAAAAUAAGAUGAAAGAAAAA